CUCCCCGCUGCGGACGCCGCCGGCCUCGCACUCCACCGCGGUUUCCAUGGAGACGGAAGCCGGGCCCGCGCGGCCUGGCGACGUUGCCAUGGAGACGGCUCCGGGGCUGGGGCUCCGAGGCCCGGGCUCUCCGUCGGCUCAGAACCCUGUGGAGCCCCGGUGCGAGACUCGAGCCGCAGUGGCAGCUGCUCGCUGGGACCCGAGGAAACACUCUUUGCUCAUUGUGAUCGGCGACAUCGGGACCGAGAGUCAGCUGAGGGCCGUGCGGGCCCACCUAGAGCAAGGGAUUCUCUCCUGGAACAUUGACUUGUCAUCUUUUGACUUGAACCAGCAGUUGAGACUCUUCAUUACUCGGCACCUAGCUCACUUCUCCUCAGAGAUCAAAGGCCAGAGGACCCUCUGCCACCAGAGCGACACCCUAGAGACCGUCAUCCUGGUAAACCCCAGUGCAGACAGCAUCAGCUCUGAGGUUCACCAUCUCCUUAGCAACCCAUCGGCUCACAAACUACUCAUCUUAAGCGGGCAGAGUCUAGAGCCUGGGGGAGACCUCAUCCUGCAGAGCGGUACCUACUCCUAUCAAGACUUCGCCCAGGUCCUUCACAACCCAGAGAUUGCCCAGUUGUUCAGCAAUAGAGACCCUGGGAUCCAGGCUCUCCUCACUGUGUCCUGCAUAGGGGAGGGUGAUUGGAGCCACCUGGGCUUGUCCAGUUCCCAAGAGACCCUGCAUCUCCGGCUGAACCCUGAGCCCGCGCUACCCACCAUGGAUGGCGUGGCCGAGUUCUCCGAGUACGUCUCUGAGACUGUGGAUGUUCCAUCUCCUUUUGACCUGCUUGAGCCCCCCACCUCAGGGGGCUUCCUCAAGCUCUCCAAGCCUUGCUGCUACAUCUUCCCAGGUGGCCGUGGGGACUCAGCCCUCUUUGCUGUCAAUGGAUUCAACAUCCUGGUGGAUGGGGGCUCCGAUCGCAAGUCUUGCUUCUGGAAGCUGGUGCGGCACCUAGACCGCAUUGAUUCGGUGCUGCUCACCCACAUUGGGGCAGACAACCUGCCAGGCAUCAACGGACUCCUGCAGCGCAAAGUGGCAGAGUUAGAGGAGGAGCAGUCCCAGGGCUCCAGCAGCUACAGCGACUGGGUGAAGAACCUCAUCUCCCCUGAACUCGGUGUGGUUUUCUUUAAUGUGCCCGAUAAGCUGCGGCUGCCUGAUGCCUCCCGGAAGGCGAAGCGCAGCAUUGAGGAGGCUUGCCUCACCCUUCAGCACCUAAACCGCCUGGGCAUCCAGGCCGAGCCUCUCUACCGUGUGGUCAGCAACACCAUUGAGCCACUGACCCUCUUCCACAAAAUGGGCGUGGGCCGGCUGGACAUGUAUGUUCUCAACCCUGUCAAGGACAGCAAGGAGAUGCAGUUUCUUAUGCAGAAGUGGGCAGGCAAUAGUAAAGCCAAGACGGGCAUCGUGCUGGCCAAUGGGAAGGAGGCUGAGAUCUCGGUGCCCUACCUGACCUCUAUCACUGCCCUGGUGGUCUGGCUGCCAGCUAACCCCACUGAGAAGAUUGUGCGUGUACUCUUUCCAGGAAAUGCUCCCCAGAACAAGAUCUUGGAGGGCCUAGAAAAGCUCCGGCAUCUAGACUUUCUGCGCUACCCUGUGGCCACACAGAAAGACCUGGCUGCUGGGGCAGUGCCUGCCAACUUGAAACCCAGCAAAAUCAAACAGCGGACUGACAGCAAGGAGAGCCUCAAAGCUGCUACCAAGACCGUAGUGAGCAAGCUGGCCAAGCGGGAGGAAGUGGCGGAGGAAGGCGCCAAGGAGGCCCGCUCAGAGCUGGCCAAGGAGUUAGCCAAGACAGAGAAAAAAGCAAAAGAGCCACCUGAGAAGCCCCCAGAGAAGCCUACCAAGCCUGAGAGGGUGAGGACAGAGUCAAGCGAGGUACUGAAGGCAGAGAAACGAAAGCUGAUCAAAGACAAGGUAGGGAAGAAGCACCUGAAAGAGAAGAUAUCAAAGCUGGAUGAGAAAAAAGACAAGGAGAAAAAAGAGAUCAAGAAGGAGAGGAAGGAGCUCAAGAAGGAUGAAGGAAGGAAGGAGGAGAAGAAGGAUGCUAAGAAAGAGGAGAAGAGGAAAGACACCAAACUUGAGGUCAAGAAGAUUUCCAAACCAGACCUGAAGCCCUUUACCCCUGAGGUACGUAAGACCCUCUACAAAGCGAAGGCCCCUGGAAGAAUCAAGGUGGACAAGAGCCGUGCUGCCCGGGGGGAGAAGGAGCUGUCUUCUGAGCCUCGGACACCCCCAGCUCAGAAGGGUACUGUGCCAUCCCCACCUGUCAGUGGACACAGGGAGCUGGUGCUCUCUUCACCGGAAGACCUCACACUGGAUUUUGAGGAGAUGAAGCGUGAGGAGAGGGAACAAAAGGAUUCAGGACUAGGAGAAAAACCACUCCCUCUUGAUAGGACAGAGGAGGGACCCCAAAGCAUAGCUAUGCAGGGAACACAAUCCUCUGCCCUAGGGCUGGAACGGGAAGAGCAUGUGAUGAAGGAGAAGGAAGUGUUCCCUACCAUUGCUAAGGAACAAGGCAGCAAGGACAGAGGCCCAGACAGCGGGGCUGAAACUGAGGAGGAGAAAGAAACUUGGGAGGAAAAGAAGCAGAGGGAAGCAGAGAGGCUCCCAGAGAGAGCGGAAGCCAGGGAGGAAAGCGAACCUGAGGUAAAGGAGGAUGUGAUAGAAAAGGCUGAGUUAGAAGAAAUGGAGGAGGUGCACCCUUCCGAAGAAGAGGAAGAGGAAGAGACAAAGGCGGAGGGAUUUUAUCAAAAACAUAUGCAGGAAGCCUUGAAAGUCAUCCCAAAGGGCAGGGAAGCUCUCGGGGGCCGGGAACUGGGACUCCAUGGCAAGGCCCCUGAGAAGGAGACCUCGUCGUUCCUAAGCAGCCUGGCCACACCUGCUGGGGCCACGGAGCAUGUCUCGUAUAUCCAGGAUGAGACAAUCCCUGGCUACUCAGAGACUGAGCAGACCAUCUCAGAUGAGGAGAUCCAUGAUGAGCCAGAGGAACGCCCUGCUCCUCCCAGAUUCCCAGCAAGUACAUACGACCUUCCUGGGCCUGAAGGUCCUGGCCCCUUUGAUGCCAGCCAGCCUGUGGAUGGUGCUGUUCCUGCCGCCUCAAGCAAAAGUUAUGGAGCACCAGAGACUGAACUCACCUACCCUCCCAACAUCGUGGCCGCCCCUCUGGCUGAAGAGGAACAUGUGUCCUCGGCUACUUCUAUCACUGAAUGUGACAAACUUUCUUCCUUCGCCACCUCAGUGGCUGAGGACCAGUCUGUGGCGUCGCUCACAGCUCCCCAGACAGAGGAAACGGGCAAGAGCUCCCUGCUGCUUGACACAGUCACAAGCAUCCCCUCGUCCCGCACUGAAGCCACGCAGGGUUUGGACUAUGUGCCAUCGGCGGGAACCAUCUCCCCCACCUCCUCACUAGAAGAAGACAAGGGCUUCAAAUCACCUCCCUGUGAGGACUUCUCUGUGACUGGAGAAUCAGAGAGAAGGGGAGAGGUCAUAGGGAGAGGUUCAACUGCGGAGAGAGCCAUGGAAGAGGAAAAGGAGGAGAGGGCACAUGCGGAAGUAUCUGAGAAACUUUGCGGUCAGUAUGGAGCCCCAGUGUUUGGUGCCCCUGGGCAUGCCACACAUCCAGGGGAAGCUGCCCUUGGAGAAGCAGAGGAGCGGUGCCUCAGCCCAGAUGACAGCACGGUGAAGAUGGCCUCCCCUCCGCCAUCUGGCCCCCCUAGUGCCACCCACACACCCUUUCAUCAGUCCCCCGUGGAAGACAAGUCUGAGCCCCAAGAUUUUCAAGAAGAAUCUUGGCGAGAUUCUAAGCACACACCAGGUAUGAGCACGGAGUAUGCUGCAAAGGAAACGGAGACAGCCAAGCCAGGGCCUGAAGAGGGCUCACUAGAGAAGGAGGGGAAAGAGGUUCCUCCCAGGAGUCCCCAGGCCCAGGAAGCACCCAUCAGUAUUGCUGGGGGACAUACAGGCUGCACCAUCCAGCUGUUGCCAGAACAAGACAAAGCAAUAGUCUUUCAGACAAUGGAGGGAGAUGAGACUAUGGAGGUGGGAAUUGGGUUCCCAGGCCCAAUUCAGGAGGCAGAAGCCCUUCCCAGGGAAUUGAGGACAUCACUCCAGGAACCUGGAGAAUCCCAGAAAGAUGAGGUGCUCCAAAUUCCUGACCAAAGCCUCUCCCCUGAAGAUGCAGAGUCCCUCUCUGUCCUCAGUGUGGUUUCCCCAGACACUGCCAAACAAGAGCCCACUCCCAGGUCACCCUGUGACCUGACAGAGCAGCACCUACAUAAAGACCUAUGGCCAGAGGUAUCUCCAGAAGGUACCCAGUCUCCUUCUGUCUCAGAAGAGAGUCCCAGCAAGGAGACUUCUCUGGAUAUCUCUUCAAAGCAGCUCUCUCCAGAAAGCCUUGGUACCCUCCAGUUUGGCGAACUCAGCCUUGGAAAGGAAGAAAAAGAGCCUCUGAUGCAGGCUGAGGAUGUCUCCUGCCACCUAGCUCCUGUGUCCAUUCCAGAGCCCUAUGAAGCCAUGGUGUCAUCUCCCAUAGAUGGGGUCACUGGAUACUCUGCACAGGCAGAUAUCACCGAGGAGAGCCCUGACAGGAAGCUACCUGCCAGCUCCCCUCACUCUGCCCAGUCUGGAGAUGGGAAGUGUUCACCUGGGGUGAUCACAAGCCCUGGCGAGCACAUUCUGACACCCAGUAGCUCCCUCACUAAGAGUCCUGAGUCUUUGCCAAGCCCUGACAUGGAAGACAUUGCCAAGGAAUGGGAAGAUAGAGUUCCAGGGUUGAAAGACAGAACCCCUGAGCAGGAGGACAAGGAACCUGAGCCACAGGAGGAAGUCCUACAGCAGAAAGAUAAAACUUUGCAACAGAAGAGCAUUGUUGUAGCAGAGAAGGAUACAGCCACGGAUCAUAAAGACGAGGCUCUGGAGGAAAAGAAUAAGGUUGUGGGAUCAGAGGAUGUGGUUUUAGAACAAAAAGGCAUAAACUUAGACCAAAAGGAUACAGGCCUAGGACAGAAGGAGAAAGUCUUGGAAUCACAAGAUAAAGAACAGAAAGACAAAGUCCUUGAACUGAAGGACAUGGUCUCAGAAGAAAAAGACAAGGCUACAGCUCUAGAACAAAAGGACGCUGCCCUGGAGCACAAGGACAAGACCUUGGGGGCAAAAGACAAAGACUUAGAACCAAAAGACAAGGUCCUAGAGCAAAAGGACAGGCUUCCAGAAGAAAAAGACAAGGCCACAGCUCUGGAACAAAAGGACCAGGCGCUGGAGCCAAAAGAGAAAGAACAAAAACACAGCAAUUUAGAACAAAAAGACAAGGUCUUAGAACAGAAGGACAAGAUCCCAGGAGAGAAAGACCAGGCCUUAGAACCAAAGGAUACAGCUCUGGAACUCAAGGUUCAGGCCCAGGAACCAAAGGACAAAGAACAAAAACAGGGAGCUUCCGAACAAAAAGACAAGCUCUUAGAACAGAAGGACAAGAUUGCAGAAGAGGAAGACAAAGCCUUAGAGCCAAAAGAGCAAGACUUUGAACUUAAAGACAAGGCCCCAGAGGACAAGGUUCCUAAAACACAGGGCAAAGUCCUGGAACAGACAGGCGAAACCCCUGAACAUAAAGAUGAGGCCCAGGAACAGAAGGAUGAGGUCUUCAAAAAGAAAGAUCAAGCCUUAGAACAAAAAUACUGGGCCUUAGGAGAAAAGGAUGAAGCUCUAGAACAAAAUAAGACAGCUGUUGAACAGCAAGAUAAAGCUCUAGAAGAAAAGGACAAAACUCAGAGGCAGGAGAGCUUUGAGCAGGAGGAUAAAAGCGUGAAACUAAAAGAGACCACUCUAGACAAAAAAGCUCCAGAGAGUGUCACUGCUGUGGGACAGGAGGAAGCUUUGCUGGAGAAGACCAGAGCACUGGGGCUGGAAGACAGACCUGUGGAGGAGGACAAGGGCAGAGAGCAGGAAGAGAAGUCCUGGAAGGAGAGGGAUGUGGCCCGGGAGUGGCAAGCAUCUCCAACCCGAGGGAAGCCAGCUGGAGAACAGAAGGAGCCUGUCCCUGCAUGGGAGGAGACGUCCCCUGAGCAGGAGGUCAGGUACUGGAGGGACAGAGAAGAUGUGGCUCUGGAACAAGACACAUACUGGAGGGAGCUGAGCUGUGAGAGAAAGGUCUGGUUCCCUCACGAGAUGGACAGCCAGGGCGCCCACACACGGUACCCCGAGGAACGAGAGAGCACUUUCCUCUGCGAAGGACUGGAGGAGCCAGAAGGGCCCCCUCAGCAGCACACACCCCGGAGCCCGUGGGAUUCAGACUUCAAGGGUUUGCAGGAGCACCCACCACAGAAGGGACUGGAAGUGGAACGGUGGCUUGCCGAGUCACCAGUUGGGCUGCCACCCGAGGAAGAGGACAAGCUGACCCGCUCUCCCUUUGAGAUCAUCUCUCCUCCAUCCUCCCCACCUGAGAUGGUGGGACAGAGGGGUCCUCCUACCCCCAGACAAGAAAGCCCUAGUCCUGAGACGAAGCCCAGGCCACCCAUGAGGAGUGAACCCACCGCUCCCUCCUGGCUGGCUGACAUCCCACCGUGGGUGCCUAAGGACAGACCCCUGCCCCCAGCACCCCUUUCCCCAGCUCCCGCUCCCCCCACACCUGCCCCAGAGCCUCACAUGCCUGCGCCCUUCUCCUGGGGCCCCGCAGAAUAUGACAGUGUGGUGGCCGCGGUGCAGGAGGGCGCUGCCGAGUUGGAAGGCGGGCCAUACUCCCCGCUGGGGAAGGACUACCGCAAGGCUGAAGGGGAAGGGAAAGGGGAAGCGGAAGCAGGAGGUGGGGCUGAGGCUCCUGGCAGCAGCCCCUGCAGCUCUAAGGCCCCUGAGGCCAGUGAGAGCCAUGCCACGAGGGACACAGAGCCCACGGAGUCAGAGCAGAGAGAGCCCACACCCUACCCUGAGGAGAGGAGCUUCCGGUAUGCAGACAUCUACGAGCAGAUGAUGCUGACUGGCCUUGGUCCUGCGUGCCCCACCAGGGAGCCUCCGCUUGGGGCAGCUGGGGAUUGGCCCCCACGCCUCUCGGGCAAGGCCGAGGCCAUGGCCCGAAAUGUGCCUGCGGAGAAGGAGCUGUCCUCUCCCAGCACCCCCAAAGGCCUCCAGCCUGACACUGCAGCCUUUAGCUAUGCGGCCCUGACAGGGCCCACGGUGCCCCCCAGGCAGGAGCCUGAGCGAGCGCCAAGUGUGGAGGACAGCCUCACCCCACCUGCCGUGCCCCCUCGCGCGCCCAUCCCUGCAAGCAAAGGCCCGAGCCUCCCUCUCGGUACUGUCCUGAGCUGUAGUCCAGAUCGGAGGACCCCCUCCCCAAAAGAAGCAGGCCGGGGGCACUGGGAUGACAGUGCGAGUGACUCAGAGCCAGAGAAGGGGGCUCAGGAACAGCCAGAGAAAGAGGCUCAGUCCCCAAGUCCCCCUCCCCCCAUCCCUGGGGGGGCCCCCACACUGUGGCCUGAAGCCGAGGCACACACGAGCCCUCCCUUGGACUUGCACCUGGGUCCUGCACGACCAAGCCUGGAUUUCCCCGCUUCAGCCUUUGGCUUUUCCUCACUGCAGCCUGCGCCCCCUCAGCUGCCCUCCCCGGCAGAGCCCCGCUCAGCGCCCUGUGGCUCCCUUGCCUUCUCUGGGGACCGAGCUCUGGCUCUGGCUCCAGGACCCCCAACUAGAGCUCGGCAUGAUGAGUACUUGGAAGUGACCAAGGCCCCCAGCCUGGACUCCUCCCUGCCCCAGCUCCCCUCCCCCAGCUCCCCUGGGGCUCCCCUCCUCUCCAGCCUGCCAAGACCUGCCUCACCAGUCUUGUCUGAAGGCUCCUCCUCUGAGGCUACAACCCCAGUGAUCGUAAGCGUGGCUGAGCGCUUCCCUCCAGGCCCGGGGGCUGCAGAGCACAAGUCUGGAGAACUGGAGCCAGGAAUGGAACCACCUGCCCCCAGCCUCUGGGACCUCACUCCUCUGAGCCCAGUGCCCCUAGCUUCACUGGACUUGGCCCCAGCUCCAACCCUUCCUGGAGACAUGGAUGGUGGCACCCUGCCCUGCCACCCGGAGUGCUCAGGGGACACAACCAAGAAGCCAAGCCCCUGCCAGGGGCCCUCUGUGGAGCCUGCGGCCAAUGGCCCAACUGAAACCAGCCCCAGUCCCCCUGGCCCUGCCACAGCCAAGACAGAGAAGGAAGAGGCUGGAGCCUGCCCUGCUUGGGAACAAGGGGCCUGGCCCGAGGGAGCUGAGAGAAGCGCCCGGCCUGACACACUGCUCUCCCCCGAGCAGCUGCUGUGUUCUGGAGUGGGGUCUGGGGGUCCACCCCGCAGUGUCUCUCCUGAGGCUGAGCCUGGACCUCAGGGAUGUGCUGCUGAGCCCCGGCCCCACUGUGGGGAGCUCUCUCCAUCCUUCCUGAACCCACCUCUGCCGCCAUCCACAGAUGACAGUGACCUUUCCACCGAAGAAGCUCGGCUGGUAGGAAGAGGGGGACGCCGCCGCACAGGGGGCCCAUACCCUGUGGCUGAUGAGACUCCCCCAACGUCAGCCAGUGACUCAGGCUCCUCACAGUCAGAUUCUGAUGUCCCACCAGAAACUGAGGAGUGUCCGUCCAUCACAGCAGAGGCAGCUCUCGACUCUGAUGAAGAUGGGGACUUCUUGCCUGUGGACAAAGCUGGGGGGGUCAGUGGAACUCACCACCCCAGGCCUGGUCACGACCCACCCCCCAUCCCUCAGCCAGACCCUCACCCAUCCCCUCCCCGCCCUGACGUGUGCAUGGCUGACCCUGAGGGACUCAGCUCAGAGUCUGGGAGGGCGGAGAGGCUACGGGAGAAGGAGAAGGUGCAGGGGCGAUUGGGGCGCAGGGCUCCAGGCCGGGCCAAGCCAGCAUCCCCUGCGAGGCGUCUGGAUCUUCGGGGGAAACGGUCCCCGACCCCUGGUAAAGGGCCUGUAGAUCGAGUAUCCCGGGCCCCACCCCGAACACGCAGCACGCCAAGCCAGGCCACUCCGGCAGAGGAGAAGGAUGGACACAGCCCAAUGUCUAAAGGCCUCGUCAAUGGACUCAAGGCAGGACCCAUGGCCUUGGGGUCCAAGGGUGGCUCUGGCCCCCCUGUAUAUGUGGAUCUCGCCUAUAUCCCGAAUCAUUGCAGUGGCAAGACUGCUGACCUUGACUUCUUCCGUCGUGUGCGUGCGUCCUACUACGUGGUCAGUGGGAAUGACCCUGCCAAUGGCGAGCCAAGCCGGGCAGUGCUGGAUGCCCUGCUGGAGGGCAAGGCCCAGUGGGGGGAGAAUCUUCAGGUGACUCUGAUUCCUACUCAUGACACGGAGGUGACCCGUGAGUGGUACCAGCAGACUCAUGAGCAGCAGCAGCAGCUGAACGUCUUGGUCCUGGCGAGCAGCAGCACUGUGGUCAUGCAGGAUGAAUCCUUCCCAGCCUGCAAGAUCGAGUUCUGAAAGAACUACCCUCCCUUCCCAAGGAUCCACUCCCCCAGCUCCUUUAGAGAAUGGCUACUGCUGUGUCCUUUGGGGUUGAGGGGAUGUCUUGUUGUGGGGGCUUGGGCCGGGCUAAAUGGAAGGUAUUGUCCUCCCCCUCAUCCAUUCCUCACAGGUCUCAAAACUGAAAGUGGUAAGGAGGACAAGGGAAAGGCACUGAGGGUAGGAGGUCAUCUCAGGCCCGAGGACCCCAAGUGAUACCCUUGCACAGCACUGUCAGAUACUGGCAUUGGUUGGGGCGUGAGGAUGAGUCUCAGAGGGCAGCCUCCUCUUGUGGAGGGAGACCGUACCCGCAACCCCAGGGACCUCCUUAGAUCUAUUUAAUAUCCUGGGAAGGAUUCCUGAUAGUAAUUUAUGUCACCUGGGGUAGGAUACUGUCGGUGAGGUACCCAGAGCUGCACACUUUCCUCCAUCUGCCAUCUCCUUACCCGCCAGGGCCUGGGGGUACACCGCUGCUAUGCCGUCCUCCUGCUUCCCUCAGUAUCUGAAUGUCUCAAUCCAAAACUUGAAGCUCUUUAGACCAACAGACUGGUGAGAGGAGAAAGGAACUUACCUCCCAGCCCCUGCUUCACACCGUUCACAUCCUUAGGGCUGUGCCCAGACCAGGUCUGCUGGGCGGCACAAAAGGGCAAGGAGAGUCCCAGCCCCAAUCCCAGGGUUCUUCCAGGCUCCCUGACCCUUUGAAGUUUUCACCUACCCCAUUUCAGUGAUCCCAAUCCCUUCUCACCCCCUGCUUGGCUUCUCUGCAUGUGGUCAUCUGCUGUGGCCUGGUGUGUAAUGGGUUAAAAAUAAGCCACUGCCUGACAUCCCACCAUCUGACACCCCAGCCACGUGUGACACCCCCAACAUUCCACUGUGCCAUCCUGCAGCUGCAAUGGGAAUGCUGGCUGCCUCUCCAAACCCGAACUCCUGGACAGAGGACCUGGAAGGUGGAGACCAGGCCAGAGGACUCGGGGAGAAUGAGAGAGAGGACAGGCAGACGAAGCUGAGCUAGAGCUUAACGCCUCCAGCAUGACGUGAAAGCGGCUGGAAAGUCCCCCCCAGGAGAGGACUUUCCCCCGGCCAGCCAGCGAGCAGCCCCUGACAGACCGCUGCGGACUGAGAAGCCCUGGGGCUCACCUUCCCUGCUGAGUAACUGGGCCACCAAGAUGAGCCCACUUGUGUCCUUCUCAGCUCCCCGUCCCCGUGCUGCCGUGCUCUGCUUCUCCCUACACCCCUGCGAUUGUUCCCAGCUGCUGUGACAAAGCCGCUGAGUCUAACAAUAAAUCAAGUUCAUUGCGGC